AAUCACACUCAGCAUAUUAAAAAUAAAAAAUAAAAAAAUUUUAAAGAGUUUUAAAUUUCCGUCGUACCCUCGCCGGAAUAUUAACCGCCGGUCACGGAUCAGCAGCGGUGAAACGGCAAAAUCUCCUAAUUUUCUGCUGAUUUUUCCCCGGAAAAAUCAGUGAUCGCCGCCGUCGGAGAAACACGCCGGAGCUGGGAAAGGUGGUUGGCAUGAUGGGGUUCUGCAUCUGCCCGUUGGAAUCUCCGGCAAGGUUGCUGUGGAGUACCAGUUUCUUCCGCCACAAGCUGAUGCUCUUCUAAAACGCCGUCGUGUUAACUCUCUGUUACGUAAGCCCGAAAGAAAGCCCAGCUAACGCUUGAGCUUUUCUUUCACCGCUGUUUUUGUUGGAAAUCGUAUAUACAGUACACUUAAUACAGUCUAAUUGAUCGCCGGAUUUUCAAGAAAAUCUUCGACGAAAAAAAUGGAAUCCGGGCGUAUUUUCUUCGACCCUGCAUGCCACGCCAACAUGUUGUUCCUUGGGCAUGCCGAUCCUAUUUUCCGAGGAGGAAGGUCAGUGGUGAAGCUUGAGGAAACCUCAAAGAGGAGUAGACCCUUCUUCACCUCUCCAGAAGACCUCUUUGACGAGGAAUAUUACGACGAGCAGUCGCCGGAGAAGAAGCGCCGCCUCUCUCCGGAGCAGGUGCACUUGCUUGAGAAGAGCUUUGAGGAGGAGAACAAGCUGGAGCCAGAACGCAAGUCCCAGCUUGCCCACAAGCUUGGGCUGCAACCCCGGCAGGUGGCUGUUUGGUUCCAGAACCGCCGUGCUCGGUGGAAGACCAAACAGCUUGAAAGAGACUACGAUCAACUCAAGUCCUCAUAUGAAUCCCUUCUCUCUGACUAUGACUCCAUUCUCAAAGAGAAGGAGAAGCUCAAAUCCGAGCUGGCUUCCUUGAAUGAGAAGUUGGAAGCCAAAGAGGUGGUGAGCCAUAAGGCGGCCUCGGGUUAUCCAGUGGUGGUUCCGGGGGAUGCUGCAGCGGCUGUGGGAGCGAACGUGAAGGUGGAGGACCGGCUGAGCAGUGGCAGCGCGGGGAGUGCCGUGGUGGAUCAGGACAGCCCUCAGCUCGUGGAUAGCGGGGACUCGUAUUUCCACAAUCAGGAUCAUCAUCACCACCACAACUACCAUGAAUGCGGGGAGGGGCUGCAGGCUCUGCAAUCGGAAGAGGAUGAUGGCAGCGACGAUGGACAGAACAACUACUUCUCCGCCAUGUUUGUGGCAGCAGAGCAGCCCCAGCAUGAUGAUGAUGAUGAUGGAGAGCCACUGGGAUGGUUCUGGUCUUAGGCUAUUUAGUUUUUUGUUUUUGGUUUUGGUUUUAGUUCACUAUGUUCAAUAAUGGUGGUGUUGGAUGUUUCCUCUAUGUCAUGUGUGCAGUAUCACAAGAACCUCCAUGGAAGCUCUGAUCUAUUGCAUGUAUGGUUAUAAUAUAUUACUAGCAUAUAUAUAUAUAUGAAUAAAAUAAAUAAUAAUGAUACUUCCCCAAACAA